AUGUUCUUGGACCACACAGGCCAGCGAGAAAAGAAUCUGGUCAAUGCAAUUCCCAAAGAGACGCCACUGACGUUAUCGACGCCAUCGGCAUUCUUCCACGGGACGGUGAGUAACAUCGCUUCGGUUCCAUCGCCUCUUGACUUCAUAAAGGUUUCUCUCAAUGCUGGGAACUUCAGCUGGGUUUUUUUGGUUGAUUGGGCGCUGCUAUGUGUGGUGUCACUGACGGUGAUAUUUUACUUGGGCAGGCUGUUUGCGUAUGCUAUUACGCUCAUAUUGGAAUGGUUGCUGUGGAGGCGAUGGCAUGUCAAGGUGAGCGUGGAGUCGGUACGAAUAGCACCUUUAAGCGGGAGCAUCGUAUUCAAAAACCUUUGCAUUAUUAAUAGAGACUACACAGUGUCGAUCCUUAAAGGAAGCAUAGCAUGGAGGUACUGGGAAUUUACCACUAGACGUUCACAGUACGAGAUAUUACAGCGGGAAAGUCCAGAGGACGGUGAGGAAGCGGAUGUAAAUUCGGUGAAGAAUCUCAAGCUGCCGUGCAGGUUUUUGCUAAGCUGUGAAGGGUUCGAAAUGUUCAUGUAUAAUAGAACGGUUGCAUAUGAUAAUAUCAUAAGGCUUUUCUCUAAGGAUGAGAAGGUUCAAUUUGAGAAGUUUUUGGAUGACCAGCAGAUCUCGCAGUUAUCGAGUACAGAUAGCGAGGGAAAUGGAGACAAAGAUCUUUCGGAGAGUUUGGCGUCAUCGGAAACAUCUAAUGCUACGGGGACGAAUGAUAGAGUUUUCGACGAAAUUUUUGGGAAGCAGAAGUCGUUGUUUAUGCGGCUUCUGCCCUUGGACGUGGAGUUGCACAAGGGUUCAUUUGUGCUGGGCAACAAAUUCACUCCAAGUCUGCUCGUUGCAAGUUAUAGUAAAGCUCAAGGUGUCGUAGACCUCUGUCUGCCGAGAGAAAAGCUGGACUUAUAUGGAAUGAAGUUCCAAGUGGAUUACAGAGACGUUGACGUCUCGAUAAAACAAAAUAUAGCAUACGAGCGCAAAAAGAGCACAUUCAAGAGCGGUAAGCUUCCCAAGCUAUGGAGAAGAUUCUUACAAACCGUGUACAACCCGCUGUUGAAAAGAUGGCACAGCCAUAGAAUGCAGCAUGACGAUCACUUCUUGCAGAGAUGGAAAGGGCUUUCCCUAUACAAGGGCCGGACUCGCGAUAAGGACCAGGAAGACCUGGAUAAUUUGCAUUACGAUUUUGCGAGUCAUGAGUACGCGCGGGUGAGCAGUGUACUAAAAAGUGCUAGGACAGUAGUAACAUACGAGUAUGAUAUACCAGGGAUCGUACCCCACGGAGCGCAUGCUACUUUAGAUGGUCCAGAUGUUGGCAACAGUGGUGCCCCUCCGGAAUAUGCCCUAGAUUUUCAGUUGCAUGGGGCGACUUUGUGCUAUGGUCCUUGGGCACACAGGCAGAUUCAACACUUACAAAAAUUAUUAUCGCCCAUUGUAGCAAAAUCAUCGAAACCUGUAAAAACGUUAAGUCCUGGAUCAAGAAGGAUAUACACCGUCUUUAAGACCACAUUUACUGUCCUCGAAGAUUCAAGCUGGCGUAUACCGACAAGAGAAAGAAGUAAGGAUCAGGAAUUUCUUAAGCAUUAUCGAGAAACGAGGGAGGAUUAUAGGCCUUUUGGGUGGCUUGAUUUGAAAUUCGCUAAUGGAUCUCUUGGUAGCGUAACAACAACAUUAUGUCCCACCGAGGAGGGCUUCCCCAACAAGAUGACAAUUCACUUCGUGGAUCUGGAGGCUAUUUCAAGUGUUAAUCAUGAUAGGCUAUUAAAAUGUCAGGUUUUCGAUGUUCUAGGUGAUCUGGGAUAUCCCCUUGGCUGGAAUAGUGACACGACAUGGGCGAUAGAGCUUACGUCUGCCCAGCUUGAAACGUUCCUAUUGAGAGAGCACAUUACGCUGAUCGCUGAUGUCUUUUCGGACUUUUCAUCUGGAGAGCCAACACCAUAUGAGCUCUUUAGACCCUUUGUUUACGAUAUCAGAUGGGCAAUUAAGGGUUAUUCGCUAUACUUGAAUGUUAAUGAUCACAACAUUGUCAAUAAUCCCUUAGACUUCAACGAGAAUUGCUAUCUGUCUUUGCAUGGCGAGGAUCUUUCCAUUGAUGUUACGGUUCCUAAUAACUCAAUUACCGGAACGAUCACUGAAGUCUCUUAUCAAAUCUCGACUUCGAUGUUUCGACUGCAGCUGAACACACCCCCUUGGAAUACUCUCAAUGAAUUCAUGGCGAACAAGGAAGUAGGGAGAUCUUAUGAUUUCACUGUACGAGGAGUAUACAUUUUCUUCUCUGAACUGGACAUUGAAAAUGUCGACACAGUAUCUGUCGAAUGCUCAAGCAUGGGGACAACGCUGCAUUGUUAUGGGUUUGUGAUGAGAUAUCUGAUGAAUGUCAAGAUGAAUUAUUUCGGUGAUUUCUUCAACUUCAUCACGUCAGAAGAGUAUACAGGUGUUAUUCAGGCUAAAGAAACUCAGAAUCUUGCUGAAUUGCAGCAAGAAUCGCUCCGAGAUGGAGAUGGCUCAACUUUCAAUACUACCGAAACAAAAGGGCAGGCCCAGAACGUAAGGAAUAAUCCUCCUUUCAAAAGAUCAGCUGUUAAGCGGAACACAAAUGAAACGGAUAUCUGGUUCGUCUUUUCUGUAUGGGAGGGAGCUCUUGUAUUACCGGAGACUCUUUAUAAUUGUGAUCCCUGCAUUGUUUUGCACUUUGGUGAGCUGACCGUUGAUUUGAGGAGUUGUAAUUAUUACAUGGAUUUGCUGGCAACUAUGAAUAAUACAUCAAUAAAGCGAUAUGUGUCUCGGCAACCACAUGAAAUUUUUGAACUGAUACACAAAAAUAAUGGCCGCUUCGAGCAGGAACACGGAUCAUUGUCCACUUUGACCAUUCAUGGUCACAGGAUGUAUGGCUUGCCGCCCAAGGAGCCUACAUACUUUUGUCAGUGGGGAAUCGAUAUUGACAACCUCGUUAUUCGCUCAGACGCGGAAUUUGCAAAGGGUUUUUUCACACUGUUCAGUGGUAUUGCCUUCGGAUACAGUAAUCUUGAGAAUACUUUACUGUACGACGUCGAAGCUCCCGACGAUAUGACAUCAGUGACCGUGAGGGCUCGCAACUUGAACUUUGUAAUCGACGAUGAGCAUAGCAAAAUACAAGCAACGGUAAUCGUUCCAUCUGUUACUUUCACAGCAAUCGAUUUUGAGAAUGAGAGAUACUCGCAAAGAAUUGACCUUAAGAUUCCCAAGUUAAACAUCUCUUUAGGCACAUCAGGUAAAAGUGACGAAACAGAGAGCUUGUUCGAGUUGACUAGUAAAUUGUGCUUUACCACUUUCAUUCAGAGACGAGACUUCGCCGAACAUCGAGAUAAGCAGAGGAGCUACAUAGCAUUGAAUGAUUCUCCAUUUUACAGGUGCUCUUUUCUCCUUCCUUGCUACAUCCAGCAAUCACCGUUGUACACAGAGUUGUUGGGAAGCAUAUCCCCCUCCUCAUCGCUUCCACCGCUGCCCUUACCGCUGCUGCCUGAAACUAUUGAUUUCAUUAUCGAAGAUCUACUUGGAGAGUUUGCGGCUGGCUUGAAAUGUGAUUCUGACACUCAAGACUCGCUUGGACAUUCAGAAGCUUUGGGAUCUUCCUCUAGUUCGCCGUUACACGGCUCUGAACGAUCUGCUCAGGAGUUUUAUGACCAUAAAGGACUAGUGCCCAUGCAUUCAUCUUUUGAUCCUUCCAAUCGCUAUGAGAAUAUUGUCUUAAACAUCGAAUUCCUAGCUAUCGAGGCUAAUCCCUCUUUGUGCUCUCAUAUUGUCAAAUUCUUCGACAAGUUCUGGCAGGUAGGCACGGUAGAUGUGAUUGACGAAAUUGAAAUGUCCAUAGUAAGGAGGUUAGGCCAUUUAAACAGCAGAGAUUCCAUCUGCAACUCGAAAGUUUACGUUGGGGACAUCAACUUUUUUUGGGGAAGCAAGGAUGCGAAAGGUUUCGAGCUAUAUUUUGAUAAAUUUGAUUUUGAAAUGAGCCAAGAAGGCGAAGAUAUGCAUAAUGAAUAUAUUGGCGGUGGGCUCUUCAUAUUGAGCAAGCUUAGAUCUUUAAGAGCGACAGUAUUUGAUCGAGGUUUCACAGAAGGUGUGGAAGAAAGGCCGCCAGCUUUAUCUCUGGCAAUCGAAGGAUGGGAAGCCUUUUCUUCAAAAACAGAUUCUGUGUUUUGCUCCAUCAGUUCAUUGUCAACCGAUGUUACGGUCGAUGAAUCUCAGCUAGAAUGGCUGGUGCUCUAUGUCAGCGAACAGUAUCGUACCAUUAGAGCAAUGUUGACGUCAUUCCAAGAGAUGCACAACUAUUGGAAGAGCGUUCGUAAAGACCUGCUUUGUAGUAUAACUGCAGCGAGCGAGUUUUAUCAGAUUAGCCAUGACCCAUACGUGAUUACGAAACCAGCCUUUAUUAUGCGGCUAUCAAACGGACAUGUAAGAGAAAAUCGAAGCUGGAGAAUUAUUACUCGUUUGCGCCACAUUUUAACGUAUUUGCCUGCGGAUUGGCUGGACAACAGUCAAUUUCAAAAGGUACAGCAGCAGUCAGCAAGUAGUGCAGAGGAUGUUUUCGUUUCUGUUUUCUCUAAUUGGCGGAGCUGGGAAGUUUCCGAUGUUACUCGAUCUUACAUUUACCAGAAGAUUUUUCUAUCCGACGAUUAUCUUGCUAAUCCCCAAUUCAUGAAGAAAGCCCUCAAAGUCAAUUUUUAUUCCUUCUUCUUUACAGUGUACAGCGAAGGCUAUAGAGUAGCCCAUAACUUCGUCAUAACCAGGGCAAACAUUGGGGCUGAAGAACUCUUCAUCAUACACGAUUCGACCACACAAACCAUUACGAAUUAUGAUAAGACGAUCAAUGUUUCAGUAAGUUUGGGUGCUUUGAAAGGCGAGUUGAAUGAACAGCUUUUGAAGAUAUUUCGAGUGUCCCAUAUAGAUGACACGAAAGGGCCUAAUGACAACUUUCUUGGCACGACCAGUUAUAGACUUAACCUUCUUCUGGCUUUCGAGAGGAGCGAGCUGCAGUUUGUCCUUGCCAAGACGCGGCUCACAAAUAGAAUUAUUAAUGGCAAAGUUACUAUAUUACUUGAGAAACUAAAGGAUUCUGCUACGGCCGCUUUGUCUGUUGCAUUCUAUGCGAAGAGAUCCGAAUCGUGGCUAAAACAUGCGGAUGCCGUUUUGGCUGAAGUAUUGUCACGAGAACUUUGCACGACUGCCACUGCCGAUCUGUGGUGUCAUUCAAGAUCAAUGAUUAUUAACACACAAUGUUCUGAUUGUCAUUUUCGCGCAAUGACCAGCACUGCAUUGCUCGUCAAAUCGGUUGAUGAGAUCCUGGACAGUGUCAUGAGGAUUAAGCAAGAAUUCAAGCAAAUUUCACCAGAAGUUCAAGAUACCAAAGAACAAACUGCAAGAUCAAUGAUGGAUACUGCGAUGACAUUCAGUUUUACCAACAUAACUGCUGAAAUCAUGGCCUUAUCGCCAUUUCUUUUGCGAUUUGAGAUGAAGCAGCUUGCAAUAUAUCUAAACAAGCUGGAAAGUAAUGAAUUGCUGAUCAGCAUGUGGGAUUCGAGCAUACAUCUCAAAUCCCACCAAACUACAGAGCAAUACUUAAACUUUGCGCUAAGUGACCUACAAAUGAAAUUCAAUUUGCCCGAAAGAUCAAGCGCAAUGCUUGGCAUUGGAUUAUCGAGCUCCCUUAUGAAGCUAACAUUCUCUGAACCACGCAGGAUAUUAUCAAGUUUUCUACAGGACGAAAAGUUAAUUGGAGACAGUUUUUCUCACAUGGAAAGAUUACUGUCGAAGUAUACUAUACCUGCCAAUAAGAGCGGUAAUGCUCGAAGUACCAAAUGGUCUCUGGAUGCCAAUCUGAAUUAUUUGGGGAUUCUCAUUCCAAUGUCCUCGACUUUUUUCGUGUUGGAAUUACACAUGCUCUUGGCGGCCAUAAGCAAUUUGGCUCAUGCCAAAGUUGACAAGGCGAAUCCUGUUCUGGGGCAGAUCUCUGUCGAGAACUGUUUGCUGCUAAUUAAGGACCCUCUGCUUCCGGUGGGCUUAUCAAAAUUACUUGAUUUCUCGAUUAGACUUACGACUUCCCAAAAAGUGCAAGGUUCCCCAAAUUCAUAUCAAGUCGAAAGCUCUCAUUUUAGGGUAUGCUUAUCACCACAGUCGCUCGUACAAGUAUUAUGGGGCGCUCAUCAAAUGCAAGCACUCUUGCAGUAUUUCAGAAAGCACAGGAAAGACUCGAUUUCACUGCCCUUUUUCGCAAAUGGUCACAAACCACCUGUGGAACUACCUAUUGCUUUUCGAUCGAUUCAUAUCCUAUCUUAUAACUUGUGCAUAGGAUGGAUAUUCCAACUUGGCGAUGACACUGAAUCUGGCCUGAUGCUGGGGUUUGACAGAUUGUUCUCUGCGUACGAGAAAAACUGCGGGAAGCUUACGUUGAUUGACGGCUAUCUCUCUGUGGCUAAUGGCGACUCCACCGAUACGUUUUACUCCCGUGGUAACGAGAAAAGCAGUUAUAAUCGAAGCUUCCUACCUAGUGUACAAGUCGCUUUUUGGUUAAAGCAAGCAGGGUCAAUGAAAGACCUAUUUAUUAGGAUAAAAGGAGAGGCAUUGGAUGUCAGCUACCUCUCGACAUCUGUGAGUAUUGUCGAGGGAACUUUAGCGUCAAUUCAGAAAUUUCAAACUUUGAAAAAAGAGAGGAUGCAUCACGGUAGUGAAAUUGCGCGAAAUAGGUCAGAUUCAAAUAACGCAGCGUAUGACGUUUCUCCAUUUUUGUCCCAUAUAAGGCUAAUUGAUUGUCAAUUCAAUUACUUGGGUGGGAUUUUCAAGAUUUACUCGCCAGAUGAUUUGACCAGAAAUGGAGAACCUUCGCUAGAGGUCAAGUCACCCAGUGUCACAAUUACGCUUAACUACAAGCACGAUGUUCCUCAAGAUAAACCUCACUGGCUUAGAUGUCUCAUAACGAUUGACCCAACUCACAACAUAUUGUACUCUAAAUGUGUUCCUCUUUUGAGCGAUUUCAUCGAAACAACUCGAAGUCUGAUUGAAAAGCUUGGUGCAGAUGAGAGCCGCAAGGAAUAUAACCAAGGUAUUGACUAUAUGGGUUUAUUAGACACUUUCGAUAUCGCAUUCAAGGUGAGAUCCGGCAAACAGCAAUUGAGUUUGAGCUGCGACCCAAGGGCCAAGGUUCAAGCAGAUGUUGGAUUUGAUUCCUUCAAUUUUGGCGUCAUAACCAAUGAUGUGCUAGAAAAUAGGUCAUUAGGUGUGUCACUUUCAAUAGAAAAGAUCCGAUCCUCCGUUCGCCAUAUCUUCUCAAGAGAGACAAGUGCAUCUUUUGACAUCGAUUUCUUCGAUUUGACAUCCAUCUUUGCCCAUCCUAACAUUUAUGCUGUCGCUUUAGUGUCUGAUAUCAAGGUUUUCUUCAACAUGAAGCAGCUCCAGAACCUAAAUUUAUUCCUGGAUAUUUGGCGACUGAAUGGUAAACUUAGUGCAGGAGCCCAGCACAAGGAUAGUGAAGGAGGUAGACAGGUCAAAAAUCCUAGUGCAACCCAAAGAAAGAAGGCGUCCCCGAUCAGUUUUUCUGUCACUUUAAUCUUUAAUACGAUCAAGGGUGAUAUCAAUUUAGGACCUUCUCUUGGUGUUCUUUCUCUCCAGCUAGGAAGAAUAUGGUUUGCGACCGACCAUUUCGCUGGGCAUAAACACGUCUUGCACGCUUUUGCUGACCAAUUGUCAAUUCAAUCCAAAGGAAGAUUUUCAGGCGCUCUCAAACUGGAGGAUGCGGCAUGGAUGUCAGAGGUUCGUUGGCCGAUGGUCGAACCACUGCAUGAGACCCCGGAGAUGUCGCUGUCCUUGACUAUCGCCAGGAUUGCAGUAAAAUCUGCUUUUGAUUAUCAUAUGUUCUUGAUCGGAACUGUGGAUCAAGUAAAGUUCAAAUUGCGCAAUGAGUCAGAUUCGUAUGGUAUUUUGCCGGAUCUGCUAGUGGUCAAUCUGUCCUGCAAUGAGAUGAACCUAUGUGCCACCGCACUGACGGCUGCUAACAUCCUUGACAUCUACAACACCAUUACGCGUAUGAGACGGGACAAUCGCAUAUCUUAUACAGAAACACUCAAAGAAUCUAAUACAGCGGAAGGAAGAUUACCAUUACGUUAUGAUGACAUUUUGGAGUCAUUGAACUUGGUGCGAACUGAUUUGUCAGUCGAUGUUGCAAGUUUCAAAACACAAAUUUCUCCAAUUUCGCUUUUUGACCUGGAAGUUUUGGUGUUAAGUAUUGAGAACGUUUGUGCUCGCUCAGAAACGAAAUCAGGCACUAAGCUGAAAACUGAGUUGCACCUUCAAUUCUCAAAUGCUAGCGCGUCUCUUUCAACAUCCAAAAACGAAUUGGAUGAGGAUGCUAUCUCUAAAAUAUCAGUUGAAGAUUACAUGCUAUAUGCGGCAGAGAUCAGAGGUGGGACAAUAGUCAAAAUACCUAGGCUCCUCAUCAGUAUGACAACCUGGCAGACACCCAAGAGUGACAUUAUAGAGUAUUUGUUUACGUGUCGCUUCUUUGAUAGGGUUGCUGUCAAAUGGAACCUGGGACCCGUCGAUUUCAUUAAAGAGAUGUGGUCUACAUAUGUCAGAUCGUUGGCCGUUCGUCGGGCUCAAAGCAGUGAACAUGGACAAGUUGGAGAUGAAGAGCUGCAGGCGGCCAGCAAACCUGGGAUGGAGGAGAAACCUAAGUUUCAGUACGUUCCAUUGGAUGAACCCUACAUAGAAAUGCCUCAAAUCAAAGAUCUGGGAGACGCCACUCCUCCAAUUGAAUGGUUUGGUGUUCAUAGAAAAAAUUUGCCCGCAGCAACUCAUCAAGCGGCAAUUAUUUUGAUUCAGAAAUUGGUUCAUGCAGCGGAGAAGGAAUAUGCUAAGGUUCUUGAAUAG